AUGAUGGACAAUGCAUCCAUUGCCUCGGCCAGCACCCGCUCCGUCUUCCCCAAAGGCCCCAGCUUCACCCUCGAGGACUUCUCCAGUCGCGACUUCAUCGUCAAGGAAUUCAUCGAGACCCUCUCCGACACCGCCAUCUCGCACCGUCGCUCCAUCGGUACCGCCAUCCCCAACCAGCCCUUCGAUCCCAAACCCCUCAUCCGCACCUUCGAACAUGCCCAGCGCCGACUUGGCGAGCUCUCCGGCGACCUCGAGAUCCGCGAGAAUGAGCUCUCCGCCGCCGUCCGCCGCGCCGAAGCGCAACACUCGCAGAACCUGACCACUCUCGGCCGGAAGCUCCGACAGACCAUCGAGUCGUUCCAGCAGCUCGACACCUCGUUGAAUGGCGCCGGCUUGGAGAAUGCGGGGGGCACAGGCAACAUGGCUGUCGAGACGGGAAAGCGGCUGGAGGAGCUGGAUCGGCAGCGUCGGCGGGCUCUCGACGCGCAUUUCUUGCUGGAGUGCUGGGAGGGUGUCUGCAAUCGUGGCGAAAUCACUCUCCUGGAGAAUCUGCGCCGAUCAGGCACGGCCGAGGCGAAGGUGCGGUCGGCGCAUAUUGCGCGCCAACUCUUGCGCAUUAGCCAGCGGUUGGAUCCGCAGAGCUGGCAAGAAAGCUCUGCGAAGAAUGGAAAUGCCAAUGCCAAUGCGAAUGGAAACUACGGAUCAAAUUCGUCGUCUUCCGAGGAUGUCAGUCGGGAGAGCAGUCCCCCGCGGCGAAACACGCGCGAGGUGAUUGAAAAGUUCUCUGAGACGCUGGAGAAGGAUCUUCUGAAGCAGUUUGACGACUUCUACCGCAAGGCCAAUUUCGAGGGCAUGAAGGACUGUGCGACGGUCUUGCAGGAUUUCAAUGGCGGGUCCAGUGUGAUUGCCCUGUUUGUGAAUCAGCAUCAGUUCUUCAUCGACCGCAGUCAGCUUGUCACAGAAGAAGUGGGUGGCGAUGCCGAGUCGUGGGAGCGCAUGGCCGAUCCGGACGCCGAGUUGCCUGGCGUUGAACCCAGUCUGCAGUCUCUUCUGGACGAGGUGAAGGUGGUCGUGCAGGAGGAGUCGGCGAUCAUCCGCCGUGCGUUCCCCUACUACGAGCAGGUGCUGGGAAAGUUCUUGCAACGAGUAUUCCAGCAAUCGAUUCAGCAGAGACUAGAAAUGGUUCUGGAGAAGGCCAGCGGAGUUUCGUCACUUGCAUUUCUACGAUGCCUACAAAGUUCUCGAGGCUAUAUCAGCGCCUUGAUUGAUGACUUGAAAGCCCACGGAUUGACCGAACACCCCGAGACCAUCUCUUCUCAAACCGCACUCCUCCUGGACCAGCAGCUGGAAGAACUGUUCGUCCCCUACUUCGUCGGCUCUUCUUACAUUGAACGCGAGAAACGCACCUUGGAGGAGCUCUUUAAUGCUGUUCUCUUCAAAUUCACCACUUACCAAGCCCGACGAAAGAAGGCCGCCACCACAUUCAUGGCUUCUCUCUCACGCCCCGGCACAGAACUACUGUCCACGACCCGCGACGCCUUCAUCAACCGCCUGGAUUCCCCCGAAGUGUCGCCCAUCCAACGACGAAUGCUUCUCCAAGUGGCUAAAUUAGGCGAGGUGCCCGAAACCGUGCGGUUGACAGAGAUCAAACUCACCGAAGAAGACGGCCAGCCCAACCUGAGCGACGCCAAGCGCAUGCUGAAAUGGCUGGCGGAGGCUGUGGGUCGUGGCUUGGAGCUGAGCGUCAAUACCGACACCCACAAGGAUGUCUCCGCCAUGCUGAACGUCCUCUUGAUUACUAUGGGUGAUGGAUACAUCGAUGUUUGCCUCGACGCCGCCCUGGAGGCCGCCACCUCGCAAGAAUCUGGCAAGACAGAGCCCGAUUUUGCGUACCUCCCGUCCGUCCGCACGACGAUUAGCAUUACUACGUUGAUGGUGAUGUGUGUUAAUGCGGUUCUGCUCCCCUUGGCUGCGGGCAGUAUCACGACCCGCCGGGAUAUGGAGAAACGAACGAGCCAGACGACCUCCCGAAUUGAAGAGAAGAUCAACACGAUCGAACAAAAGACCAUUGACGGAACAUUGGCCUGGGUCAGCCGUCUCCUCUCGGGGCAAAGGAAAAACGAUUUCCGACCUCGAGACAGCGACAACACCGCCUGGCUCGAAAUGCUCCAAACACCAACCUGCGCCUCAAUCUGCACAUUCCUCACCCGCCUCCAAACAAUCGCCAAAACCUCGCUCCCCUCCAGCGGCUCCAACGUCCGCUCUGUCCUCACUGAAAUCGCCCUCCGCACUCGCAGUCUGCUUCUGGAACACUUCAAGCGAUUCUCCGUCAGCGGCCCGGGCGGGCUGAUGGUUACCAAGGAUAUGACCCAGUACGCCGACCUGCUCAAAUCAUGGGACAUUGACGAGGAAACGAAAGGACCCGGUGGCGCGCUGGACGUGUUACUGGAAGUGGGCAGUUUGUUCGUGAUUGGCGUGGAGGCCUUGCGAGAGCGGAUCCGCGGCGGCGCUGCUGCUGGUACGACUGCUGGGUCUGGCGGCAGUACGUCGACGGCUGGGACUAGUGCCGGCACAACAUCUGCCCGACAGGAGAAAUUGAGUGUGCAAGAGGUGCGGGCGUAUGUUUCUAGACGCGAGGAUUCGAAUACCCUUGCUAUGCAACAGGUUCUUAAUGCGCUGUGA